AUGGGUCCAACUUAAGGCAAAGAGUUAUCUCCAUAAAUGAGGGAGAGAGUGUUAAAGUUAUUCGCAAGAUUCGAUGUGGAUGGGUCAAAGUCGAUUGAGAAGUCGGAAACAAUAAAAUAUUGGAAGAGUAAUUUUGCAAAAUUGAAUACAGAGGAAUUAUUUAAGUCAGUAGACACUGAUAAUAGUGGUACGAUAUCAGAAGAGGAGUGGCUAAACUUUUGGACAUAAGUAUUACGCAGCGGACACACAGAGGAAGAAAUAGCAGAUGAAAAAGUAUUGAAUCUGGAUCUUCGUGGGUAAAGUUCGAGAAUUUGGAAAACAAGAAGGGUUGACAUUGAUCAUCAAUAUACAAAUAUAAAAAUAUUAUAUAAUUACAUGUUAUAAUUUAGGAGAACUAUUUUUGAUUAAAAUGAAGACGCAGUCAUGUGGAAAUAAGACAAUCAACCACCUCCCCUUCCCUUAUAAUAACAAGGAAAUGUAUUGAUGAAAUAAUAUGACAAAUUUAUCCCAGUCUAAUUGGAAAUAUGUCCUGAGAGAUUAUAUAAAAGGCUUUCACCAAAUCAGCUAGUAUAUUGCACAUUAGACAAGUGCAGGUUGAGAAAAUUUACAUUUUAUGAUUAAGUUCUACCCCAUCACAAAUUCGGCAUAGCACUGCAAUAAAGAGACCAAUAGGAAACAUUCCUAAUAGACUCAGCAGAUGAGUUUAGGAAAUGGUUUCUCUUAUUCAAAAGAUAUUGCGUUUUGGAUAAAUUCAAACAAAAAUUUAAAGUUCUAAACAAGUCUAAGUUGGAAGAUCCCUUAUUUGGACAAUGUUAUUUUAAUUGCAUCCACAGCAAUAAUUACAAAUUAGUAAAAAUAAUUGAUAAGGCAAAUAUAACGAAUUAUUAAUUACAAUGUUUAAGCAAAGAAAUUAGCAGUCUUCGUAAAUUGAGUUCUCCUUUGGUGAUCUUCUUUAAUGAACUUUAUGAAGAUGAUACUAAUAUUUACAUUGUAUACAAUCAUUAUUAGGGUUUGGACAUGAGGAGUUGGUUAAAGGAGAAUUCCCAAAAUUUGGAAGAGAGAUUGGUGGCUUAAAUCAUGUUCAAUCUUCUAACAGCCAUAUCUCACAUGCAUGCCAGAGGAGUGUUUCAUAGAGACAUCAAAUUGGAUAGCAUUCUAAUUCAGAGCCAAUUACCCUCCGUGUUAUUGACUAAUUUCUGCUAUUCUGAGACCUACAUCCCAUAAACCCCAUUUAAGAAGUGUGGAACUCCAGGAUUCAUAGCCCCAGAGAUCUUCAAAACUAAGUUGUACACUCCCAAAGCAGAUAUGUUCAGUUUAGGCUGUUUAUUUUACGUGCUUUAUUUUGGGAAAAUCCCAUUCAGUGGAUCCUCUUAAGAAGAGAUACUGUCACGGAAUGAGGCUGCAGUAGUGGACUAUCAAAUUUAGUAAUGUCUUAUAGUGUCUUCUUCUGGGAUAAAUUUGUUGAAGGCUCUCCUGAUCGCAGAUCCAGAACAGAGGCUGUCGGCUUAAUAGGCUCUUCAACAUCAUUGGUUCAUCAAGAUGGGGACUAAACAGUAGGCAAAGUUCCACAAGAAUAUUAUAAAGGGGAAGUCUCUUUCAACAAUAAUUGAGAAUUCAGUGGAUAUCACUCACAGGUACGAAGGGGAUGUUAUUGUUUAGUAUGCAAUGUCAGAUUCCGUCGAGCACUUUCAUUGA